AUGGGUUUCGCUACUCUUAUCACUGUCACACUGGCGUUGACCGGUAGCGCCCUCGCAAUCUCGCAACUAACCCUCACCCCUCGACCAAGGGGUCAGAAAAUGGACAACGGCGACAAGGACUUCAUCGACGCCUAUAUCAGCCGAGGCAACUACACCCUUGCGAACGCCACCGCGUCGGCUGAGACGGCCCCGAACGACACCGUGUCGACCGUGGCGAUCGGGGCUAUGAACAACAAGUUCCCCAUUUGGAAGCUUCCCGAGUGCUACCGAGGGUGCAUCGACGCGAACUGCUGCAACGCUAUCGGA